CAUGCCCCUCCCAGCAGCUUCCGGGUGGGUCUCUUGACGCUGAGCUCCAAAACGCACUGUUUUGCCCCACGCACUUUGACACCUUAAAAGAUUCCAUUUGCCUUCAACAUACACUUAUAACAGGCUACAGACCUUACAGCAAGCUCUUGAAUAAAAGGUAUAUAUCACUACAUUUAGUCUGCAUUCGCAUUCGUUCUUGUCAAACGAAACUUGCAUUCGACGCAAAAACUCCCUAUUCAACCCGUUAUCGAUAUGCCAGUACGCACCAACCAAGGAAUGGGCGGAAAAGACUACUACUCAAUUCUGGGAGUGUCCAAGGACGCUGACGAAGAUACCUUGAAGAAAGCAUACCGGAAGGCGGCGCUGAAAUGGCAUCCAGACAGGAACCCCGACAACAAGGAGCUAGCCGACAAAAAAUUUAAAGAGAUCAGCGAGGCAUACGAGGUUUUGAGCGAUAAACAGAAAAGAACAAUAUAUGAUCAGUUUGGAGAGGAGGGUUUGAAGGGUGGUAUGCCAGAGGGCGGGCCGGCUGGAGCCGGAGGGUUUGCUGGUGGUUUCCCAGGAUUUGCUGGAUUCGGUGGUGGAUUCCCUGGCGGAGGUGCUGGUGGGAGAACAUUUGUCUUUAACACUGCGGGCGGCGGUCCUGGUGGUGGUGGUGGUGCUGGCGGGUUCCGACCCUUCACUCCAUCUUCAGCAGACGAUAUCUUCCGCCAAUUCUUUGGCGGGGCGAGUCCAUUUGGAAUGGGCGGCGGCGACUUUAUGGAUACCGACGAUGACGGUGGUCCCUCAAUGCCUGGCGGCUUUUUUGGGGCUGGACGAGGUGCACGGCCGGGAGCGAGGGCCAAGGCUCGCCAACCAGCAUCAGUGCAACGGCAGCUCCCAGUAUCACUCGAAGAUUUGUACACGGGCACGACCAAGAGACUUAAAGUUACCCGCCGACAUUUGGAUGGAACAUCAAGCGAAAAGGUCCUUACGAUUCAGAUCAAGCCCGGAUGGAAACCUGGUACAAAGAUCAAGUUUGCCAACGAAGGAGACGAGCUCCCAGAUGGCAGCGCACAAGACAUUGAAUUUGUCAUUGUCGAGAAGCCACACCCACGGAUCAAACGCGACGGUGACAACCUCCGCAUCGAGGUGGACGUGGAACUAUGGGAGUCGAUUGCUGGGUUUACUCGACGUGUCCCGCACCUUGAUGGCCACGCUGUGGAGGUCAGCGGAGCGCAAGGUAGUACACCCACUAAACCCGGCGACGAGAUUGUAGUACGCGGUGAAGGGAUGCCGAUCAGCAAAAUACCGGGCAAGAAGGGCGACCUGAUUGUAAAGGUCAACGUACGGUAUCCGGCGGUUGUGACACCGGCGCAAAAGGAAGCCGUCAAAAAGAUAUUUGCGAGUGGGGCGUGACUAGCCGAGGAAAGCUCGGACACUUUACAAGAUGAUAGCGAUGAUGGUGCGCGUCACGAAGCCAAGAAACGGAGAACAAAGCUGUGAUGGCGGUUCCCUACUUGAUAUGGACGUUGAGAGGUGUGCCUGAGACGAUAUUGGGAUGCGCUGUUGGCGUCAUUUUGAAUCAUUUGUUGAUUGAAAUUUGGGAAUUGUAUGCUUGUAUAUCUUACCAAUCUGUGUUUUUCUCUAUUUGUUGUAUUCCUUUGACGUUGCCCUGAGCGCACAUUUUUGCAUGUAAUAAAGUAUUGCAAUUCCUUUCAUGUCAUUUUAUACUACCGUUUCAUAGCCCUGCCUUCUCGUUGAUGGGAUGGAC